AUGAAGUAAUCAACUUAAUUUAUAUCUGGGAGUAAUGAUAGUUAGAUUAUAAUAUGGUGUAUGGAUUAACAUAGUUAAUGGAUCUGCUCAUAGAAAUUGAAUGAACAUGAAGAUUGGAUUAAAUGUUUAUUAUUGAACAAUAAUGAAGAUAUUAUGAUAUCAGGAAGUGAUGAUAAUACAAUUAAAUUUUGGAAAAAGCAGAAUGAAUGGAUAUGUUCAUAAACUAUUAAUGAUCAUACAAGUGAAGUAUAUGGAUUAAGUUUGAAUGAGAAAUAGAAUAGAGUGAUAUCUUGUGGAAGAGAUAAGUUAAUAUUAAUAAUAGAACAGUCAUCAUAGGAUUAAAAAUGGAAUGUAAUAUAAAAGAUAACAGUUGAAGAGUGGGGUAUAAGAUUAUGCUUUAUCGAUGAUAAUGUAUUCACAUUCCAACCUCGUCUUUAAGAGUAAAUGCAUGUUUAUGAGAUGAAUAGUACUAAUAAAUAGUACUCAAAGACUAAAGAAAUUGAUGUUAAAUGUGGAAAAGAUAGUUGCAGAUAUUAUUUCCCUUAAUAAUAUAUAAAGUCGAAAUGUCUGCUUGUGAAUAAGAAUGGAUUUAAUGUUAAUUUGAUAAGGAAGAACCAAAAUGGUGAUUUUAUAACAUAAUAAUCUAUUCAAUUUGGAGAUUGUAAUAUAUUUGGAUAGAUGAGUGAAGAUGGAGAGUAUUUGAUUACUUGGGAUGCAAAAUCUAAGGAAAUAAAAAUUAGGAAAUAUCAUUAAUUAUGA